CAGUCUAUGAGUAGGACUUGCUAACUGGACGUGGGAUCAGCUGAAAUCCUCCGCACUUGUUCGACUCUGCCUCCGCCCUGCGCUUCAACAACAGAUGACAACAAAAGACCUGAAAAGCUUAACACAUUUAAGCGUCAAGCAACGCUAUUAGAUUUACACUAUUACAAAGGAAAAUGUUUCGAAUGCGAGAACCGUUUGAAAGCGACAGGCUCCAACUGCAGGAGCUCAACCAAAGACUCAGCCAGUACCUAAUGCGCACAAAACAGUUAGAAGAAGAAAAUACCAGCUUGAUAAGUGAAAUAAAUUCAGUCAGAAAAAACAGGUCUGGAGAAUGGGAAAACAAACACAUGUCCGAGCUACGGGAAAUGAGGAGACUGGUGGAGCGGUUAAAUUUCGAGAAAUGCAGAGCAGAGAUGGAGCGCCAGAAGCUGCGCGAGGAACUUCAGAUGAUUCAAGCGAUGCGUUCAGAGGAGGCUUCGGCGAGCAAAGGCAUCGACACGGAGCUGAAUGCCUGCAACAGGCAGCUCCAUGAUGCUCUUAAGACCAACAGUGCGUUAGAAGAUCGCCUCGUUGAGCUCGAAAACGAAUAUAAGUUUUUGGAAGAUGGCCACAGAAAGGAAAUCGCCCACCUGAGGGACCAGGUGCGCUCCCGAACAGUGCGCGUUGUGACUCAAACGUGUCACGCACCUCCAGCUGUAUCGAUGGAAGAGGUGCAGGAGUAUGCGGCCAACUUCACUGAAAGCUGGCAGGGUACUUUGGACAUGUACCGCUUGAGGGUCGAGGAAAUUGAAGAGUCUAUCAAAGCAGACCAAGCCAGGCUGGAGGACAUUCAGAGGGAAAAGAGGGACAGUGCUGCACAGUUCAAAAGGCUGCGUGACGAAAUUGAGAAACAAACACAAGUACAGUUGAACCUUGAGGAGCAGCUCAUAAACAUGCAAGACAGUUUCGGAGAUGAAAUCUGCCGGUAUCAGGCUAUCAUUGAAGAACUGGAGUAUGAGCGCAGAAUGCUGUCUAACACCAUCUCAGAGAAGCUGAAGGACCAUCAGGAUCUUUUACAGGUCAAGAUGGAUCUUGCUCUGGAAGUAGCUGCAUACAGGGCACUCUUGGAAGAAGAAGGCAGACAUGCUCAAACAUGGUCUAAUCAGCAUUCAAGAGAAAGAUUAAUAGAUAAAAAAAGGUUGACCCAUCCUUACACUCCAAGAGUGUCUGUCAAUUCAGUAAGUCGAUCAGAUACAAGACAAAAAGCCUUCUCGGGAUAUGAUGUUAAAUAUAUGGAACCUAUUUCCAGCCUCAGAACCUCAUCUACAAGUCAGUUUCACUCUCGCGAACCCUCCGGGAUUGUGCCUAUCAGUGUAUCAAAUCGUGCAAACCAAAGUCCUGCUUCAAGAAGGGACAUGAUUUCCUUCACCAAAGCAGCACAGGUAGCUGCUUCAAGUACCCCAAAACCAGGAGUCUCUGCUGUUGAGAUAAAAAGAGAGGAGACCGAUCAGAGAAUUGUGAGAAAAGAGGUAUCACAGCAGUCUUCAAAGGUCUCAAUUGAUCAUCCCCCCUCUAAAAUCGAAAGUACAACAAGCUCUACAGCAUCAAAAAUAGAGAAACCAAAGCCAGUGAAAGUGAUAUCACCUCCUGUGAACUUGAGUAGGACCAUUGCUGAAGAAAGCAGUCAGAUAUAUGAUGAACUAAAAUCAAUGGAUGUCAAACAAGAUGAAGAAAAAUCCAGCAGCAAUGAAAAAAAGGCAGCUAUGAAAGAAGAAGGAAGGGGUGUGAAAGAAUCAAUAGCUGAAGAUGAGAGAGAGUCUGAAAAUGUAGGGCAUAAAGUGUUUGUAGGUGAGGAAAAAGUAUUAGAUGCAGUUUCUAUGGAGGAAAUCAUUCAGCAGGUCAUGAAACCAGCUGGUUUAGAUUCUAAGGUCAGCUCAUCCUCUGACUCAAAAGUCACAUAUCAUGUGGAGAAAACAGAGCAAGAGGAUGGAACCACCAAGACUCAGAUUGUCUUACAAUCUAAAGUCGAGGAGGAGCUGGACCUGUCUGAAGAUUCUGCCUUGGAGGAACUUCUCAGCAAGGGAGUCAAGAAAGUGACCCUGGAGAACAUUAAAGGAACCCCAACUGGAGCCAUGAUCGAGAACUUGCUGAGAGUUGGCCUGCAAGGUGAGAGUUUGGAAAAUAGGUUGGUGAAUGUGGAGAUAAUCCAAGAACCGGUGGAGUCUGACGAGGAGGGUGAAACUGAAAUAGAGGAGACUUUGGAGAUUAAGUCUGAACAACCAAAUAUUGAUCCCUCAUCAAUGUUCUUCCAAAUCGAGGAGCUAGAGAGUGACCCCAAGACCAUGAAACCCUGUGAGAGUGGUUCUGCUGAAGCCUCACAAUAUGGAAACAGUGGCUCUGUGCAGGUUCAGGAAGUUUCCAGAGAUGAAAGCUUACCCUACUUCUCACAUGGCCAAGACUCACAAGAGUAUUUCGUCUUCACUCCCGAAGACAAUAUUUCAGAGUCUGAGAAGGGUGGAAGGUUUAUGUCUUAUAGCCAUUAUGGAGUUGUGGAUGAUCUGUCUGAUGAACGAUAUUACCUUGAAGACGACCUCAAACAGCCCACUGCUGAAGGUCACAGUUACAGAGAUUCACCUGAAUACGAACACUCUCUUUUGAGAGACAAUAUCCAAGACUGCAUAAUCGAAGAGGAGGUACAUGUCUCUCCUACCCUGCAACAGUCCAUAGUGGAGAUCCUGAGGGAGGACUCACUAGACCCUGAACAGCAGCUUAAAGGAGCAUUAGAGCAAAUCCAAGACAAUGUAUCUGGAGCCCUCAAGGAAGAGCUUGGAUUUUUUACGAAAGGUAGAGAAACUCCAGAAAAUGUCUCUGUGGACGUUAAAAAAGUAGAACAAGUUGCAGACAAUGGAACCAUGACCAUUGUGGCAGAGCUUAACGUGACCCAGACACUGGAGGAAUCUGGAUUGCUGGAAGGAGGAGGAGAUGAUCUAUCUGAGGAGCAGAUAGUGGCAGCACUAAGCUCAUCCCACCCAAAGCUCCAGCAGGCUAUCGGCGGAGGAGCUGCAGUAGGAUACACCAUGAAAAUUUCUCAAGAGGAGAUUCAAAUGGAGGGAAUGCCUUGGAUAACCGGCGACGAAGCGAUCCAAGAAUGGAGCUCAACCGAUGAAGCUGGCAAGACAGAAAAACACAUCAAGCUGGGCCCUAGUGAGAAAUCCUUCACUUUUCAGAUGGAUGUAAACAACGGAUCUUCUGCAUCAGCAAGUGGAGGAACCGUCGAUGUACAAAGAGGUGGCGGUGCUAACGAGUUCCCACAGACACAGAUGAUUGACCCCCACUUGAAGGUCUGUCAUGAGAAAAGAAUCGCAACUGUUUAUCUUGAAAGCCCCAAAGAGUGAUAACAUAAUGAAAUAACAGUGAAAUUACACAUUAUAUCUCAAAAUAGCAUGUCAAUCACAUCAGGUGUUGUAAAACAUAAUCCAAAAUCCAUGGUCCAUCAUGACUAUACACUACUGUUCAAGUCAGUAAAAAAGUCAGUAAGUCAGUAAAAAAAAUAAAAAUAAAAUAUGUAUUAAAUUUAUCCAAAGUGACAGUAAAUACAUUUAUAAUGAUACUGAAGGAUCAUGUGACACUGGAAGACCAGAGUAAUCCCUGCUGAAAAUGUAGCUUUUUUCAUCAGGAAUAAAUUACAUUUUAAAAUAUACUUAAACAGUAAUUUUAAAUUGAUAUAAUAUUUCAUUAAAUUACUGUUGUAAUUUUGACCAAAUAAAUACAGCUAUGGUGAGCAUAAAUUAUUUCUUUCAAAAACACUGUAAAAUCUUCCAGACCCCAAAUGUUUAAACAGCAGUUUAUCGGACUUAAAGUAUCUAAAGUGUUAACAAAGCUAAUCACUUUUUAUAUUCAGUUUUUGUGUGAUCUUAAACUAACAAGAUUAACUGUCUGGACAUUUUGUUUGACUUCAUUUUCAUAUUGUGCAACUUUAAGCGAAAAAGUGAAAUACAAAGUUUUCUUUUAAACUUUCAAGUAGCAGUUCUCUUAAAAAUAUACAUCAUUGAAUUUGUUAUAGUACCAUACUGUGCUUCUGCUUUCCACAGCAUUUCAAAAACAAGCUCGGAAUGAACAGAUAAGAGAUAUUUACAGAAGCACAGGUAUGCAGAAAUUGUAGUGCUCACUUUAACUGGCCAUUUAUUUGUCUGUUAUUCAAAACUGAAUUCAUAGUAUCACAGAUAUUUUCAGUAACGAAUUUGAAUUUUUUCACGCCCAUGAAAUGAGUUUAUAUAGUGGUCUACAUUUGGUCACAGUCAGUGUCGAGUUCUAAUGAAGGUGAAAAGCACUAGGACUGUUGACUGUCUUUCCUGUCUCCCAGAGAUCUCUUAAUCCUUAAAUUACAUUAGACCAGCAAGGACUAAUCUAGCAAUCCUGCUCUUACAGGACAACACAUUUUUCAUUGCUCUAGUACUGUACAGAAACAGUGAGGGGGGAGGGGUUUGAUCGUAGAAAUCUUACAUUAAAAAUAAGUGCUAGACAGCUUACACGGAAGCAUUUAAAAUUUCCCUCUAUUUUUCUAUUUAUCUUUAACGGAUAUUCAUGUUAACAUCAUCAGAUGCUGCAAUGGUGACUUUCCUGUGCCUAUUAACAGUGAUAUAAAAAUUAAAAAAAAGGAGGCGAAAUGAUAUGCAGUAUAAUACAAAUGAAACGCAUUUCGGGUUUACUGAUUAGGCUGGGUUACAUAACACAAAAAAACGUUGGGAAACAUUAGGUUAACAGAUACAGGACAAGUUAUUAAGGCUUAGUUUUCAAUAGCAUUGACCAUUUCCAGGCAUUUAUCUGGAUCCCUUGAUGUUUUUUUUAGCACCUGUUGUUCUUUGUCUGAAUCUAUUCAUAGGGUUCUCUACUGUGUGAAACCUCUUUUUGUGCAUCUACAGAUUUACAAUAUGCUGUGUAAGUUUUACUGGCAUAGCAAAGACUGAAUUGGGAUUGCAUAUUACAGAUGCAUUUUUGCUAACUGAAAAUUCAUAAAAGGGGUGUUGUGUGUGCUGUUGUACUCUUAAGAAAAAGACUAGUCUGCUCACUUUCUGAAUAUUGGUUUAUAUGCAAACACAAUAAACAAACACUUAUAAAAUGUA